ACAGUUCAAUUUAAUUAGUAAUAACUUUAAGUGCAAUUUACCAAUAAAUGUAUACAUUCUCAAUAUUGUUCGACUAGAAAUAUCGGAAAAGAUUCUCAAACAAAUAUUGAGUCAAUACACAACAGAUGUGAUGCUACAAAAAUAUUAAGGAAUAUGUAGGAAAUUUCGUGAUUUUCUAUUUGUUUUGAGUGGAUCGUUUUUUUCUGACACGCAGUGUAUAAUUCGCUAUUAUUUUUAACCACUAUAUAAGAUUGACAUUGACACAAAUGAAAUGAAGUAAAUGCGUGAAUGUGGAAACUGGUUUCUUCAUUUGUUCUCGACCUAUAACAAAAUUUAAAUAGUGUUCAGAAAUUAGUUGUCAGGUGUUUUCAAUUAGCAGACAAAAUGCAAAAUUAUUUUUUAAUAUUUUUUGUAAAUUUGUUUGUUAAUCUUUUGGCAGUGAAAAAUCUACCUUCAUAUUUCCCGAAUUGCCACAGAUAUGACAAAAAAUUGAACCAGUGUCUAUUAGAUGCCACCGAAAAAGUAAAACCAUAUUUAGCGAAAGGAGUACCAGAGCUGAACAUACCUUCAUUCGAACCAUUUAUCAUACCAGAAAUAAAUUUGGAACAAGGCACAAACGCCUUAAACUUUAAAGCUAAGUUGCUGAACACGGAGAUACAUGGACUUACUAAAUAUAAGUUUAGUAGAUUUGAUUUUGACGUUCCCAACUUACAAUUUUUUUGUGACUGCCAAAUACAGAACUUAAAAUUAAGAGGAAAUUAUACAGUAACUGGCAAAUUAUUGCUUGCUCCAAUUGAAGGCAAAGGAACAUUUACCGCUUCAGUAGAUAACUGCAAUGCGACAGUAUACCAAAAGGUAACAACAGAAAAAAGAAAAAAUGGAUUAGAAUUUGUAGUUCCAGUUCACACAAAUAGCAGCAUGAGCGUAAGCGGUCCCAAAGCUAACUUGAAAGGUCUUUUUGACGACAAUAGUGAGUUAAGUGGAAUUACUAACAAAGUAAUAAAUGAUAAUGUAAAUGAACUAUUUGAGGAUUUGAGACCAGUUAUAGAAAAGAUUUUAACAGAAAUAUUAGAAGAUUUAUUACUAAAAGCUCUAGAGAGUCAAAUUCCAUUUGAUAUGUUGUAUCCUCCAAUAUCUUAAAAAUGAGAGUUAAACAUUUUUUAGACAAAUUUUUUUAUU